AUGGACAACACAUCGCAAGGUCAGAGACCACGAAAAACUCGGACGCGAAUAGGCAGCGCGUGCACGCGGUGUCAGAGACGGAAAAUCCGAUGUGACACCUUGUCCCCAGCCUGCAGUGGCUGUCAGCGAGCAGGCGUGCCAUGCAUCGGCGGAGGAGGCGCUUCACGCGAGUUUUCUCAGAGUUACGUUGCCGAUCUAGAGUCUCGAAUCAAAUGGCUCGAAGCCAUUGUUCAAGAGCACGUCCCCAGCAUCGACGUGACUGCUGGACCAGGCCAUUCGCCUCGCAUUGAGGGGGCCAUUCCAUCCGGUGACUGGAACGCCCCGCAGCGCACUCAGGAAAGCUGCGAGACCAGAGAUGUUGAAUCCCCCGACGAGAUCACGGAUCAGAUUGGACUGGUCUCCAUCGCAACUGGGUCAGAUCUGCGCUACCUGGGCCCGUCGAGUGGGCUGUUCUUCACCAAGUUUGUCCUGGCUGGGCUUGGAAAGCGACUUGAUGCCGACAAGAACCCCAUCCCAGGUGCCAAACCUGAUGCUUUGGCCGUUCCGUCCGAUCUCUUGGUUCCCCAACCGAAGGAACUGCCUUCCGAUCCCAGGCAUACGCGAUGGCUCUCCCAUGCUUAUUUCGACAUUGUUCACCUUCAAUUUCCGAUUCUACACGAACCUUCGCAUUGGGAAACCAUUGAAAAGAUCUACGCCGACGCUGAGGUCACCGCGGUGCACAAGUUCCAGGUUUUGAUGGUCAUCGCAAUAGGUGCAUCCAUACUCUCCCACCGGACAAAGGUCAUGUUAUCAGCCGAGGGCUACUUCGCUUCUGCCAUGAAACUAGUGGAUGCCGUAAUGAAGUCUUCAUCGCUUGGUGUCGCGCAAUGCAUCUUGCUUCUUCAGAUGUAUGCCCUCAACAACCCAACGUCAGGGCUGAGCCUCUGGACUCUUCAUCACCAUGGACUGGCACUGGCAAUUGAGCUGGGUCUGCAUCGAAAUGUGCCAGCGAGUAAUUUCACGCCCUUGGAAAGGGAGGUCCGCCGCCGGAUCUUUUGGUGCACCUACACAAUUGACCGGCUCUUGAGCACGCUGAUGGGACGACCGAUGGGCGUGGUCGAUGAGCAGUGCGAUCUCAACUACCCGUUAGACAUCGACGAUGAUCAGCUCCGGACGGAGCAUCCGAAAUCUCGACAAAGCAACGACCCACUUACCAACAUGACCAGCGCCGUCCAUCUCUUCAAACUGGCCCGGUUCAACAGUGAGAUCAAAUGUGUCCUGUACUGCGUUGAUCGACAAUAUCCCCCAUACACACAGCCGGUCGUCACGGACGCAGAGAGCUGGAAAGUUGACAUUCUGAUGCGCUUGCGACAAUGGCGUGAAGACAUCCCAAGACAUCCGGAAGCAAGUCCACGGUCCUACAUCAACCUUAUCAGUGAAAUCAAGUAUCAUGAACUGGUCAUGCUAGUCCUCCGACCAAACCCUCGCUUCCAGAACCCCGACAAGGCGUCCCUCCGAGAGUGCUUUUCCAGCGCCAUGACCUGCAGCGAGCUGUACCACCAGCUGUACACUGCCAAUUCCCUGCAUUACGGAUGGAUCAGCGUCCAUUCCCUUUUUCUAUGCUUAAUGGUCAUGUUCUACUGUGUUUGGACCCCCCAGGGCAUAGCCGAGGAAGCAGAUCUCGACUCUCUGAUGCGGGCGUUAAAGGCUUCAUCAGACGUCCUCAGCGCUAUGGGCGAGUACUGGCCGGAGGCAAAAAGAAGUCGCGACGUCCUCGACCGUGUUUUAAUGGCAACAAUUCGACGCUUCACUCGCCACUCGAGCACAAUACAACGCAGUCCUAUGCCUUUGGGCUCACAGGGUUCCAUGACUAUGCAAUCGCUUUUCCCCUCCGAUAACACCGCCGAGGGGAGCUACACGAACGUGUCUGCAAACCCUGCCCCGCCACUUCAACACGAGGAUGCGGGCGCGGGUGCUGAUCUAUUUGGUUCCAACUACGGAGACCUCGAGACUUCGUUCGCGUCUACAGAUCUACUCUCUCACUUCUUGGGCUCCAGUGCAGAUGCGAUAAUGGGCUAUUCGUAUGAUUUCGAACAACUUGGGGACAGAGAGGCUGCGGGGUGGAUUGGCGAAAGUCUGCGUGAUUUUGGGCGUCCAUAUUAG